AUGGCCAUUUGCACUCCUCCAUCCAUGCGGCUUUCGGACUCCAUGGACUUUGGCUGCUGUUGGAGAGUGAAACUUCAGAAAGGAGCCAAUGAGGCCACCAAAACCCUCAACAGAGGCAUCUCUGAAUUCAUUGUGAUGGCUGCAGAUGCUGAACCUCUGGAGAUCAUCCUGCACCUCCCACUGCUAUGUGAGGACAAGAAUGUGCCCUAUGUGUUUGUGCAUUCCAAGCAGGCCCUAGGGCUGGCCUGUGGGGUCUCCAGGCCUGUCAUUGCCUGUUCUGUCAUCAUCAAAGAAGGCUCUCAACUAAAGCAGCAGAUCCAGUCCAUUCACCAGUCUAUUGAAAGGCUCUUAGUCUAA